GCCAUCUUAUAGCUGCCGGACGCAAGAAAGUUUAUUUUUUGGAUCUCCAGGUUCUUUCAUCAGUUCCUGGUCCCGGGCGUCUUGAGUGGAAGAUCAAUCUCUACACAAAAUUUGAUUUCGCAAACAUAAGAUGCAGAUAGAGAUAUGGGUGAACCUUGGACUGGUAUAAGGAUGUCUACCUUCAUGCGGAAUCAAAAUUCUUUCAUGGAUUUUGGAUCUUCGCUUCUCUGCUUCGUCGGAUGUCGAUUCCACUUUUGUUCGACAUUCGAUUCCUAUGCAAUUGCUUGUGAGGCGUUUUCUGAACAGCUUUUUCUUCAUCAGACUCGUACUCGGAUCAAAGCGGAUAGGGUUUGCUAGUUGUUUCGCGCGUCAAAUAAAAUCAAUUAUUCUCUUCGUGGGAUUUUUUUGUUUUUUAAAAAUUUGUGAUAGCUAUGGAUUCCGGCGUUGGUUUGUCUGUUGGCAAGUUUGAGAACGAUGAUGCUGAUGUUGUGGAGAAAGAUCCUACCGGACGUUACAUUCGGUAUGAUGAUAUGUUGGGGAAAGGAGCAUUCAAGACUGUAUAUAAGGCAUUCGAUGAAGUUGAUGGGAUAGAAGUUGCCUGGAACCAAGUGGAUAUUGAGGACGUUUUGCAGUCUCCACAACAAUUGGAAAGGGUAUAUUCUGAGGUUCAUCUCCUGAAGUCAUUGAAACAUGAUAACAUCAUCAAGUUCUAUAAUUCCUGGGUGGAUGAUACGAACAAGACUAUUAACAUGAUAACUGAGUUAUUCAUCUCUGGGAGUUUGAGACGAUAUCGAAGAAUGCAUAAGAAUGUUGAACUGAAGGCCAUGAAGAACUGGGCAAGGCAAAUUCUUCAAGGUCUAUGCUAUUUGCAUAGCCACGAUCCUCCUAUCAUCCAUAGAGAUUUAAAAUGUGAUAAUAUCUUUAUUAAUGGUAAUACUGGAGAAGUUAAGAUUGGAGAUCUUGGAUUGGCAACUGUUCUACAGCAACCAACUGCACGGAGUGUCAUUGGAACGCCAGAAUUCAUGGCCCCUGAGCUUUAUGACGAAGAGUAUAAUGAACUUGUUGACAUAUAUUCUUUUGGCAUGUGCAUGUUAGAAAUGAUUACCUGUGAGUACCCAUAUAGCGAAUGCAAAAAUCAUGCACAGAUAUACAAGAAAGUUACCUCUGGAAUAAAGCCUGCUGCCCUCGGUAAAGUGAAUGAUCCAGAAGUGAAACAAUUUAUAGAGAAAUGUUUAGUUCCAGCCUCUAUGAGAUUGCCUGCAUCUGAGCUAUUGAAGGAUCCAUUUCUUGCUACUGACAACACAAAGGUGGUCGACCAUGCACUGCAGCUGCCCAAUCACAUGACAGAAUUGGUGACAACACCACCAACUGAGCCACGUCCCAUGGAGAUAGACCAGACUGUCAAGGAUGUUUUACCUGGCUCCUGUCUGAAAGUUACUGAAGAAACUCCUCAAAUAUUAACUCUAGAUUUCCUUACGAAGAAUAAGAGUAAUGAAUUCAGGUUACGAGGGCAGAAAAAUGCUUCGGACAGAACAGUUUCACUUAGUCUGCGCAUUGCUGAGGCAAAUGGUCGUGCGAGGAAUAUCCAUUUUCCAUUCUAUCUUGAUUCUGAUACAGCAAUUUCCAUUGCCGAGGAGAUGGUAGAAAAUCUGGAUCUCACUGGUGGGGACGUGAGUGUUAUUGCUGAACUAAUACACACCAUGACUGUUAGGCUUGUUCCUAACUGGAGAGUGUCUCGUCAACAAUUAUGUUCUGGAGCAGAUUGUUUGGAUGGCCAUUCUCACCUAGUUUUAAAGAGGGGAUCAUCUUUAAGGUGCCAUAGUUACGAGGAUCAUGUUAACUCACAGGUUCUUGAUGAAGAUCAAGAGAAACAGGAAUCACUUAUGUCAGGCAUUUCAGCUGAGGAUGAGAUUCCAGUCGUCUCAGAUGCUAAAAACUUACAACCUAAUUGUACUUUCUUUGAUGGAUUCUAUGAGGGCUCCACUACCAAAAGGUCCAAUUCAGAUGUCAGGUUAUGUGAUCAAGAUGAACGCAAUAGGGGAGCUCAUGGUGAUGGAUUUGUCAGCAUCGGUGGGUCUGAUGGGAACUCAGUUAACGUUUCAGAGAACUCAACUGUCUCAUCUAUCGAUUCGUGUGGCGAUGAACCCAAAAACUUCGACAUGUCAAGCAUCAAUUCUCUUUCUCUCGCAGACAAAGAUCAGUGUGACGAGCUGCAACAGGAGCUUGAUACAAUAAAUACACAGUACUGCCAAUGCUUUCUUGAACUUGCGAAGACGAGGGAGGAUGCAAUAGAAAACGCAAAAAGGAUGGAUUACUAGGAAGAAAAUACUUGUAAUGUGAUGGGCUAGGAAACAACCAUUCUUUUUUUCUUUCGAGUUGUUUUCCCCCAUUAUUCUACGUUAGUUGAUUUUGGUUCGUUGGAACCAGGCUUUUGUUUUUUUUUUUUUCCAUUUUGUCAAUACCUGCUGAUGUUUUUUUUUUUUUUAAUUUUUUUUGGAGGAUGUGGUUUUAUGGUUGUUAAUGGAUUGGGAAUUGUUGACAAGCAUGGUGGAAUGAUAUAAACAUCUUCUCAACAAUA